CAUAGCUUCAGUUGAGGAACUACACAUUACUCACACAUAAUGACUAUUGAAACAGCGCACUGGUAAAUCCACGCAGACACACAUUUCGCCAAUUUGGAUGACAACCUGAAAACUCGCAAAUCGUUAUUUAUGUAGACGACUGGGUUGCGCCUGCGCCGUGAUCCUACGUUUCCCCCCAGCUUGAGGUAACGCUAUGUUGCUUGGCUUUAAAAUCAGCAGCUGCUGCAAGGAGCAGAGGCGCGGACCAAGACAAACAUCAGAGCGAGUCACACGGAGAGGACAACGCCACAGCUCCGGGCAUUGGAUCGUAGCAGGGUUUCAGGCUAACAUGCAGGCAUUUCUGUAAAAAAACAAGGUUUUUUAUAUGGAAGGCGCACUCAUGUGGAUGAUCUACCACAGCCAGGUCCACGCAGUGAGAUGAUCUAUUUUUGUGAUGGCGAAGGGUCUGUUUCCACGGGCCUGGGUGAAAAAGUCUUUCUACUUCCAGCAGGCUCGGAUCUCCUUCGUGCGGGUGAAGUAUCUGUUCCUGACUUGGCUGACUGUGCUGGUGGGGAGCUGGGUGCUCUAUGUGCAAUAUUCAGCGUACACAGAGCUGUGCCGAGGACACGAGUGCAAGAACGCCAUCUGUGAUAAAUACCGGAAGGGGAUCAUCGAUGGGUCUGCCUGCAGCAGCCUGUGUGACAAAGAUACUCUCUACCUGAGCAGGUGUCUGUCAACGCUGCCCAAUAACCAGGUGUACACAGGAAGCUGGGGGGACCACGAUGGGAUCAUCCGCUGUAAGCUGGGGGAGGUUGUGCACUUAGAACUGGGCGAGGAGCCGGAGCCCCGGAAAGAAGCCCCCGUGUUCGACAAGCCCACCAGAGGCACUUCAGUGGAGAAGUUCAGAGAGAUGGUCUUCAAUCACCUCAAGUCCAAGCUCGGUGAACAGACUAACCUCGCCAGCCUCGUCAGCCAGAUCCUCUCGGUCGCCGACGGCAACAAAGAUGGACGGGUGUCACUACCAGAAGCCCGCUCUACGUGGGCCCUCCUGCAGAUGGAUGAGGUGCUGCUGGGCCUCCUGCUGCAGGACCGCGGUCACACUCCUCGCCUCCUCGGCUUCUGCGGGGAUCUGUACAUGACGGAGCGCGUCCACUACGGGCCCCUGUACGGAUUGACUCUACCCUGGCCGCUGGUGUCCUGGGUUCCCAGCAGCAUGCAGCGCACUAUGGACCAGUGGUUCACCCCUUCAUGGCCUCGCAAAGCUAAGAUCUCCAUGGGCCUCCUGGAGCUUGUGGAGGACAUCUUCCAUGGCACCUACGGCAGCUUUCUGAUCUGCGACCUCGCUGCGGCGCACUUUGGUUACACCGACCGACACGAACUCCGUCUGACUGACGCCCGGGGGGUGGUGUCUGAGGAUGAGUUUAAACGCACCAUGCGGGCGCUGAAGUGUGAGACGGACGCUGACUGUGUGUACGGGGUGGACUGCCGGACCUCGUGUGACUUGUCGGAGAAACGAUGCAAGGAGGAGCCGGUUCAGCCCAACCUGGCGAAGGCGUGCGGCACACUGAAGGACUACCUCCUGCGGGGGGCACCUUCAGGGAUGCGGGAGGAGCUGGAGAGGCAGUUGUAUUCCUGCAUGGCUCUCAAGGGCAGUAAUGCUGGACAAAUGAACAUGGAGCACUCGCUUAUUCUCAACAACCUGAAGGCUCUUCUGUGGAGACAGAUCUCGCACACCAAGGACUCGUGACGAGGACGGGAAGUCACCUGAAGUCCGUUCCUCACACAGAGUAUUAAAGAUGCUGUGAUUUAGGAAUAGCAAAUUUACUUAAGUAGUUUUUAUUUACUCUUAACACUCUUGAAUGGUCAGACUGAUGGAGACUCUACCUCCUCUCCCUGAGUGUCAGAGGUUCGGGGCCUGGAAACCAAGGCUAAGAACUUUGAAAUACUAAAAUCAACUGAAUGUUUGCAUGUUACUGUCAGUCACACUCGAAGCCCAUCAUGCAGCCACACUAUAUUGUACCGUAUUGUUCACCACAGUGGAAUGUUUUUUGGGGCACUGCUGGAAAAAUGAAACAGAUGUCUCGCGCUGGGAGACCGAAUUGCUGUUCUUACCACUGAAUCAUGCAGAUAUGUAUGGCCUGAGAAAGAAGAUGUAAAAUCGCGGUGUUGUACAAAGCCCCAGUUGGAAGUGUAAUGACAUUGCACUAUUAUAGGAUAGGCUUCUUGAUUUGGUUGUGUUGAACGGGACAUAUCAUCUCACUUUUCUAUUGCUUUUGAACUUACAGCCCAUAUCAGGAAUGUUACCUACCCACAAACUGAGAAAUAAGAUAACUCAGUCAGUUUCCUUUAUUAGAAAACAUGUGAUUCAACAAGUCAUUCAUGUUUGGCUUCCCUUCGUUUGUCACAUGUAGCCUCAUUAGAAUAAACCCCCUCUCCAAGUACUUUUGCAAAUGUGUGCCAAAUUCUUAUUUUUAUUUUAGCCAAUUAAAGCAGACCUGGCUUUUUUGGGACUAUGUCUUAAAGAGACAAUCGGGAUGUUGUGGCCAGACACGGUUUAGAGAGUUAAUUAAAGUCACAGAAUGAGAAAAAUAAUGUGUUUUAUGAACAUUAAAGCAUGAAAACAUUAUCUAUAACAACCCAUAAAACAAAUAAGAACCUGGAAAUGAGCAUGAUAUGUCUCCUUUAAAGUUCCUUCAGCACUAUAACAUAAUCAGGGAGUGUACCUAGAAAAUUCUGCGAAAAGACCAAACAAAGGAUUAUUUUUUAAGUCUGUUGUACUUAGCUAUAAACAUGUUGCUGCCCACUAAGAGUAUACAUCUAUAUAAACAAAAUUAUACUUUCCCUUUUGAAGGAAAGUGAUUUUUUUUUCCUGUUACGACUACUUUAAGCUGUGGAUUAAUUCGAAUUUGGUGCCCAAAUGAAGGAACGAAAAUGAACUUCAUACUGUGCAACUAGACUUACACUCUAGCCCUGGCUGUACAGAACGGUGAACUGCUGGUUUUCAGGGGUUUUCUUUACAAUAAUUAAAAUAUAUAAUAUCACAAGACGUCACCUUUAACACGUAGCCUACAGAUAAGUGACAAUGGAGAAGGACAAGCCAGGAAGCAUUGAACUUUUAAUUGUCACUCAUCUGCAUAACAAGGUGAGGCAGUUUAUUCAAUUCAAAGUGUAAAAUGUGAAGGAUAUGUCUGUCAGUAUUCCAUCGACAACACCCUGUAUGUCAGUGCGCAUCACUCUGCUGUACAUUUUCUCACCUGUAACACUAGUGACAUUUUCAAAGCUGAAUCAAUGACAAGGAAUAUUAAUGUAUUUCAUUUGUGAAUGUUAUCUACUUGUACUUCUCACUGCAAAGAGCAUUUGUAGCAAUGUGCUAUAUCACAUUUUUGGGGGAUUUUGACUCAGUGCCAUAGAAAUCAUGCUGAAAUCAUUCAUGAAUGUUUACCACUGUGAUGGUGGAGAUCUGUAUCAAAGUGUGGUCACAUCUGAAUGCUGAACAAAGAGGAUUUUUCACGAUCCCUUCCAGAAGUUGUGAAGCUGCUGUGACGAGUCAACAUCCUGGCUUGUGUAAACCACUUUAAAUAGACAUGACCUGUAGAGCAUGUCCAGCUUGUGGUCAAUGCUGCUGUUUGAAUUUUGAAAAUGUAAAAAAGAAAAAGUUUACUUAUUGAAGAGACCAGCAUGAUUUGCACAAUUAAACUACAUACCACUUCUACCACUA